AAACAACUUGUUUACGUUAUAAAAAAUUUAUUGACUCGACUAUUAACUAUCAAAUUCGAUGACGAGUAUUGCCGGCGGUCACGGGGAGCCAAACCCCAACAGCUCCUGGUUGAGUGCACGUGGCUUUUGGCUAGCGUACUUCCUUGGUUUAUUGUCGAUUCACUUGAUACUCUUAUCUGUGCCCUUUGUCAGUAUUUCUUGGGCCUGGACAGCGACUAACCUGAUACACAAUGCGCGUUCAUUGUUUGCGCAGGCCCACUUGUACUUCUUGCACAUCAUUAAGGGAGCUCCUUGGCUGAGCAUUGAGAACGACCCGAGCCGCCGCUGGACACAUUGGGAGCAGAUUGACGACGGCAUCCAGAUGACUACCACCCGAAAGUUUUUAACAGCCGUCCCUAUUGUGCUUUUCCUGCUCACCUGUCUGUACACCCGCAAUAGUACCGAGCACUUUAUAGCCAACUUUGUGUCCCUGGUUGUCGUCACGCUUCCCAAGCUGCCACAGUUCCAUGGCGUGCGUUUGUUCAACAUAAACAAGUACUAGGAGCCAGGUGCUCAAAGCGCAUUUAUUUAGUUCUUACAAAGUGUACAUACAAAUAUUCGUAUAUCCCUAAAGUUAUACAUACAUAUUUAUGCUCUGACGACUUCGCUCUUGACCCAAUCCUUAUGUAUGUAUGUAUAGAAUGGAGGAGCGGGCAGAAUUUUCAGAAAAUUCUAUAUUAAAACUAGACAUUAAAUUGGAUUGUAAAUCUAAA